AUGGAAGAAAUUUGGUCCAUGAGUUUCAGAGCAAUUGAUGAUAUCAAAGACAGUGUCAGAAAAGCGGGCACCAAACUCACGCGAAGUUUAGCAACGAACUUGACCAGAGCAGCAGACGUAUCAACAGGCUCUUCAGAUUCAAGAGCAACGAAGGUCCUUGGUGAUUUGAUACCGUUUUUGAUUGGAAACCAGGGACUUUUAAGCGACGCCGAAGACGUCAGAACCUUUUCAUUGGACACAAUUCUCAAAGUCUGUAAAGUGGCUGGCCCCAGAAUCAAAACGUUUGUACCUACCCUUUUAGAAAACUUCAUCUCCAUGAUGUCAACAAUGGAGCCAGACGUUGUCAACUAUCUUGUACUUAAUGCAGACAAGUACAAUCUCAACAGCAAUGAUAUUGAUGCGCAAAGACUACAGAGCUUAGGAAGGUCGCCUCUAAUGGAUGCUAUUGAGCAAUUGCUUGGAACUUUGGACGAAGAGCUCAUGCCCAAAGUAGUCGACGUGUUGGCACAAACUAUCAAGAAAUCAGUGGGAUUACCAUCCAAGGUCUGCGGUAGUCGAGUUCUCGUAACGCUAGUCCAAAGACAUAUUGAACUAACCAAACCUUUUGGCGAUAAACUUCUACAGUGUGCUAUUAGUCAGAUCUACGACAGGAACGAAACCAUCUCUUCAUCAUAUGCUGCUGCCGCCGGCUAUUUAUGUCGAAUUUCCAGCGUUGAUGAAAUAGUCAAGUUUGGAAGUAAGAUCAGCAAGUUGUAUUUCGAUUCAGAGGAUGAGAAAAGGAGACAAAUAGUGGCUCUUGCAAGUGAAGCCGUAUCAAAGUAUUCUGCCGACAAAUUUGAUCUUGUCAGUGGUGCGUUUCUUCCACUUUGCUUCAUCGGAAAACAUGAUGUAGUCUCAAAAGCAUCAAAGCCGUUUGACAGGGAAUGGAUCGAACACACGAGUGGUAAUAGUGCUAUGAAAUUGUACUUUGACGAAAUCUUACAAUUAGCCGAAGCUCAAAUUGGUUCGAAUUCAUACACAAUUCGAAGAAUUGUGGCCCAAUCAAUGGUUGAACUAUGCGAAGUUGUUGGCGAAAACUCAACAGUAAGCCCCAAUUCGAGUAACCACCUACUAACCAUAUUGAUGGAGGCAUGCAGAGGGAAGUCAUGGACAGGAAAAGAUGUAGUUUUCGAUGCGCUCGUAUCGACAUCUGUUCGAUUGCACCAUAUUUUGCAAGAAGAUGAAAUGCAGUUUGCUGCUCUCAGCAAAAUUGUCAUCACUGAAUCGAAAAGAAGAAACAAGGAAUACCAAAGGAAGGCAAUAAAGCUGACGGGCCACUUUUUACAUCAGUUUAUUGAAGAUGACGUGGUGGAGACUUACGUGGAUGUCAUGAACUCUAUCUUAUGGCCAGAAGCUGACGACUCAGACAGUGAUGUUGAGAUGGAUGAUGGUAACAAAUUUAACAGCCGUCAAAAUAUCAAGAUAGAGGAAGAGAAAUUACUGUUUAUUGAAAAUAUCUUUGAGUCAAUCAACCCGGAAAGAGUCAACCAUGACUUGUUUCAGCUAGCACUACAAUCAGUCACAAAGUUGUUCACUACUGAGGUACUCUCUCCUACCUGGAGAUCGAAGAGAAAUUGUAAUGAAUGGAUAACUUCAUGUUUACUGUCAAUACGGUCUUCUUCAUGCGAACUAAAUGUUGAACAAGCAAGGAUGCUCUUGCUGACCUGGAAAGUCAUCAGCUCUGUUUGUCUAUUAGAGGGUGAAAUAGAGGCCGUACAAGUACAGUCUCUCAGGUGCACAAAGGAAGUCAGAGAAGCAAUCAGUCAGGUUCUUGAGAGUCAAGAAACCAAUACAAUCAAGCAAAAAUUAGACGAGUUCAAAGAGCUUAAACUAACGUCAGUCAUACAAGCAGAGGUAGACAAAACUACUUAA